UCAUUAACCCGCAUGAUCUCAAGUCCAAUUCUGACUCUGUAAAUUCUACAUAAAGAGUCCUGCUUGGAUUUAGGGGGAGGGUGGUUAUUUUUACUUGAUCCUCCGGGUUAAGAGGCAGCGCAGCAUGAUUCUAAUUUACGGUGGUGAGUGGGUAGUUGCAUAGAAGACGCAGGUUCCUUAUUGGUUCAUUGCAAAGCCAAAGUAAGCUUAAGAAUUAAAUUGCUGCAUUAGGUGGGCAUCCAGAACCAUGGGGAAUUAUUUUGGGACGAAACUCUAACACACAAAUGUUUGCAGUUUUAAUUCUUCUAUAGAAGUCCUGUAGAGCAAGGGACAUUGCUUUUUAACGCACCAAAUAACAUAAUUUUAAAGUAAGGAGGUGUUUUAGAGAUGGCCGAGUAACACUUUCAUUUCACGAUUAAUUAGAAAGUUCAAGAAAGUAAAGUGCCCAAAAUAUGCAACUAAUUGAAGCACAGUUGGAAGUUUUGAGAGAAAAUAAUGGAUAGUAAUGUAAUGUUUUCAAACUGUGUUACACAUGCUGCUACUGAUUUAAGGGCAAGCAUUUAUUUGUUUGUGAGAAAAGGUCUUGCUAAAAUGCCUAGGCUAGCCUCAAACCCUGGACACAGGUCCUUUUGCUUCAGUCUCUCAGCUGAGACCAUAGGCAUACCCACUGCACCUAAAUAUUUUUAAUUUUUAUCCUUACAUACUUACUUGGUUUGGGAAGUGAGUUAUGGAUUUUCAUUCACUCCAUAAUAUCAAAGUGUCCAUUUCACAUAAUUUAAAUUUAAGGAACAUAGUUUUAAGUAUAAAUGUCAUUCAGAGGCUAAUGCAUCUAGAGUCUGGUAAAGGCCUGAACCAUGAUGAUGGUAGGUGCGUAUCAAAUUUUGGGGAAAUAUUGUAGUCACCUAGAAGAAGUUUGAGAAUGCUACUAUUUCUCCUUUUAUGUGGUUUAUGUCACUGGAACUUGGAAGGUCAUUUCCAGAGAAGAAUGGAGGGCAAUGGCAAGCUCGCCAUGGUAGAGGAUGCUGUGGAGUACCAUCUGUUCCUGAUACCAGAGAAAGCCAAAGACACAGAAGAGCACAGAGAGAUCCUUCAGAAGUACAUUGAACGAAUAAUGACCCAGUUUGCACCCAUACUGGUCCCUUAUAUCUGGCAGAAUCAGCCUUUCAAUCUCAAAUAUAAGCCUGCAAAAGGAGGUGUUCCUGCUCAUAUAUAUGGCAUGACAAAGUUUGGAGAUAACAUUGAGGAUGAAUGGUUUAUUGUUUAUGUAAUAAAGCAGAUUACAAAGGAAUUUCCAGAGUUAGUGGCAAGGGUUGAAGACAAUGAUGGUGAGUUCUUGUUAAUAGAAGCGGCCGACUUUCUCCCUAAGUGGUUGGAUCCUGAUAAUAGUGCCAACAGGGUGUUUUUUCAUCAUGGUGAGCUGUGCAUUAUUCCUGUGCCAAGGAAAUCGGAAAGGCUAUCCUGGUUACCUACGACACCACCAACAAUCCAGCAAGCUUUGAGUAUAAUCUCAGCACACUCAGAAGCUGUUUUGGCUUCAGAAUCUAUACAAGCUGCUGUGGACAGGCGCAUUAGUGGGUACCCAGAAAAAAUUGAAGCCUCUCUCCAUCGAGCACACUGCUUCCUUCCAGCUGGCAUUGUGGCGGUGCUCAAACAACGGCCCAGGCUGGUGUCAGCCGCAGUCCAGGCCUUCUACCUACGGGACCCCAUUGACCUGAGAGCCUGUCGAGUCUUCAAGACAUUUUUACCUGAAACACGAAUAAUGGCCUCUGUCACUUUCACGAAAUGUUUGUAUGCACAGCUGGUACAACAGAAGUUUGUGCCAGACCGGCGGAGUGGAUACGGGCUCCCACCUCCAUCACAUCCCCAGUACCGAGCCUAUGAACUGGGCAUGAAGUUGGCUCAUGGAUUUGAGAUUUUGUGCUCCAAAUGUAGCCCACAUUUUUCUGACUCCAAGAAAUCCCUUGUGACUGUUUCACCGCUCUGGGCCAGCUUCCUUGAAAGUCUGAAAAGGAAUGAUUACUUUAAGGGACUACUGGAAGGUUCUGCUCGGUACCAGGAGAGACUCGAAAUGGCAAAGAACUAUUUCCAGCUCUCCAUACACCGGCCAGAAAGUUCACUUGCUAUGAGCCCAGGUGAAGAGAUCUUAACCGUGUUACAGACACUGCCAUUUGACGUCGACGAGCUCAAGACAGAAGAAGCUGACCUUCUUCCUGAGGAUGAUGACCAGUGGUUAGACCUCUCACCAGACCAGCUGGACCAGCUGCUGCAAGAUGCUGCUGGCAGAAAAGAAUCUCAGCCCAGUCCCCAUAAGGAGGAGCAGCAGAACUAUGAUGUGGUGAAGGUCUCAGACAGCAUGAAGGCCUUCAUCUCCAAAGUGUCAACCCACAAGGGGGCAGAACUGCCCAGAGACCCUUCGGAAGCUCCAAUCACUUUUGAUGCAGAUUCUUUUUUGAAUUAUUUUGAUAAGAUUUUAGGGACAGAGCCUCAGGAGCCAGACUCUGAUGACCUGGAUGAAGAUGACUUCGGAUGUUUAGACAGCGAUGAUGACUUGGGCUUUGAAGCUCAGGAGUCUGAAUCUCUGAAAGGAGCUCUUGGCAGCCUCAAGUCCUACAUGGCCCAGAUGGACCAGGAACUGGCGCAUACCAGCAUGGGCAAAAGCUUCAGUACCCGGAAGCAAUUGAAUAAGGAUCCUCCAUCCCAGACUGCAAAUGACAAUUCAGAUGAGGAAGAUUCUGGUGCAGGAGAUUGCACUGUUGAAGCAGUGGAUGUAGACCUGAACCUGGUUUCAAAUAUACUGGAAUCCUACAGCUCCCAAGCUGGCCUGGCAGGACCUGCUUCCAAUCUGUUACACAGCAUGGGUGUGCGACUGCCUGACAACGCUGAUCACAACCCCCAAGUCAGCCAGUGAAGGAUUAGCCUGCACACCAGCUGCUCUUCUCACUGAAUAAACAAGAGCCCAAGUGUGUUCAUUCUAAUCGACUCUUCAUAAGAGCGUCUUCCCUGCAGGCUUCAGGGUCCCAGUGCCAUCCUCUCCCAGGUCCUGUGACCUGCAGCUUGUUUGGUUUGCUUUAAAUUUUCCCAAGACAUGGUCUCCCUUGUAGUUUAGUAAAACGCUGUGCUGUUGGCGUAAUUCUGAAUAUUCCGUUUCUCUCAGGUAUGUUCCUCCACGGGUCAGAAUUCUAAGUUGGCAAAAUCCCAUUUCAUUCACUUUUUAAUGAGAUAAAAAGUCCUAAAACUUAACGUGUUCAGUCUGUGGCAUUCUCCACAUGUGCUCCUAAUUCAGGGUAAAGAACUUAUUAUUCUUUAAUUAACCAAUUAAAGACAUUAGCAUAC